AUGAUGAAGAGAUUUGAGUUUGAGCGGGAGAUGGCGCGUGUGCUACUGCACGUGUCACGGGAGCAACCGAUUCCCAAGCCGGCGGCCGGCCGCGGUGACAACACGCCCGAGCGGGCGUUCGUGUGCAAGACGUGCGACCGCGUGUUCCCGUCGUUCCAGGCGCUGGGCGGCCACCGCGCCAGCCACAAGAAGCCUCGGCUGGACGGCGACGGCGACCUCAAGCCCAAGAUGCAUGGCUGCUCCGUCUGCAGCCUCGAGUUCGCCGUCGGCCAGGCGCUUGGUGGCCACAUGAGGCGUCACCGUGCCAUGCUUGCAGGAGGCCGUGGCGUCGCGACGUCACCGCCAGCAACAACUAUCAACAAGCCCGUCGUCGGUAGCAAGCGCGUGCUCUGGCUCGACCUGAACCACCCUCCAUGCGAUGAUGGCGGGAGCAUCGAGGCUGAUCACAGCGAGUGCGGCCAUGACACCGCCACCGCCGGGUACACGUUCCACCAGUUCCUGGCUACCGGCAUUUCUUAG